GUUUUUUUUAAAGAAAAAAAUACUUUUCUGUAAAUAUGAGCAGUAAAAUGUAUACUUUUGUUAAAGUUUUACUUAAUUUACUUUAUUUUUCAGGGCUGGUGCUACUUUGUCAGCGUGGUGUCAAAGCAGUGGAUCUCACCGCCUGUGAGGGAGAAACUGCUCAACUCACCUGUGAUUUAACAUCUCAGGUAAUCGCUUGCGACUCAGACACUGCCAGUCUCCAUUGUGACCAGGGAGGCAUUAAAGUGAUUUCAGCCAAUUAUGGACGUACAAGCAGUGCAACCUGCUCCAGUGGAAAACCAGCAAACCAGAUCUCAAAUAUUCAAUGCACUCAGAGUUCAUCCCUAAGUGUGCUGGCCAGUCGAUGUGAUGGACAAAAAGAUUGUUCCAUUCCUGCAAAUAGCACAGUUUUUGGUGAUCCAUGUGGAGGAACUUACAAAUAUCUAAAUGUGUCUUAUAUCUGCAUACCACCAAGUGCUAUAAUAGAGACAAGGACUGUUUGUGAGGCAGGCACAAUCACUAUCUGCUGUAAUCAUUGGUUUAUUAAGAUGCUUUCAGCCAAUUAUGGGCGAACAAACAGUGAAACCUGCUCUACUGGAAGACCAGCUAACCAGACCUCAAAUGUUCAGUGCAUUCGGAGUUCAACCCUAAGUGUGCUAGCCGCUCAAUGUGAUGGGACACACGCUUGUCCUAUUUCUGCGAGUCACAAAAUUUUUGGUGAUCCAUGUGGAGGAACUUACAAAUACUUGAAUGUGUCUUACAUCUGUCACCCAAACAAUCAGUUUAUAAAAGUGUCUGCAGCCAAUUAUGGACGAACAAACGGUGUAACCUGCUCUACUGGAAAACCAGCUGACCAGAUCUCAAAUGUUCAGUGCACUCAGAGUUCAACCCUAAGUGUGCUGACCACUCAAUGUGAUGGACAAACCAAUUGUUCCGUUCUUGCUAAUAGCACAGUUUUCGGUGAUCCCUGUGCAGAAACCUACAAAUACCUGAAUGUGUCCUACACCUGUGGCCCAGGCAACAGUUUACUUCCUGGACUUGUUGAAGUGGACAAGACCGACAUUAUCAUAAUUCUUCCCGCUUCAAACUCACAGUCUUCUUGUCAGCUCAUUUAUUCCAGAACAAAACCUGAUUUGGUGAAGCUGAGCUAUUUCAUCUUGUUCAGCAUCAUUAAUUUUUGGACAGUCAACAUGCAACAAGGAAGGAUGAGUUUAAUUUUCUGGCUGGUGCUACUUUGUCAGUGUGGUGUCAAAGCAGUGGAUCUCACCGCCUGUGAGGGAGAAACUGCUCAACUCACCUGUGAUUUAACAUCUCAAGUAAUAGCUUGCGACUCAGACACUGCCAGUCUCCAUUGUGACCAGGGCCGCAUUAAAGUGAUUUCAGCCAAUUAUGGACGUACAAGCAGUGCAACCUGCUCCAGUGGAAAACCAGCCAACCAGAUCUCAAAUGUUCAAUGCACUCAGAGUUCAUCCCUAAGUGUACUGGCCAGUCGAUGUGAUGGACGAAAAGAUUGUUCCAUUCCUGCAAAUAGCACAGUUUUCGGUGAUCCAUGUGGAGGAACUUGCAAGUAUCUGAAUGUGUCCUACAUCUGCAUACCAUCAAGUGCAAUAAUACAGAAAAGGACUGUUUGUGAGGCAGGCACCAUCAAUAUCAGCUGUAAUAAUCGGUUCAUUAAGAUGCUUUCAGCCAAUUAUGGGCGAACAAACAGAGUAACCUGCUCUAGCGGAAUACCAGGCCAGACCUCAAAUGUUCAGUGCAUUCAGAAUUCAACCCUAAGUGUGCUGGCCAAUCGAUGUGAUGGGACACACGCUUGUCCAAUUUCUGCGAGUCACUCAAUUUUUGGUGAUCCAUGUGGAGGAACUUACAAAUACUUGAAUGUGUCUUACAUCUGUCACCCAAACAAUCAGUUUAUAAAAGUGUCUGCAGCCAAUUAUGGACGUACAAACAGCACAACCUGCUCUACUGGAAAACCAGCUGACCAGAUCUCAAAUGUUCAGUGCUCUCAGAGUUCAUCCCUAAGUGUGCUGACCACUCAAUGUAAUGGACAAAACGAUUGUUCCGUUCUUGCUAAUAGCACAGUUUUCGGUGAUCCCUGUGCAGAAACCUACAAAUACCUGAAUGUGUCCUACACCUGUGGCCCAGACCCAGCCACCCAGAAGUGAAGACAUUUACACAUCAGAAAUCAUCUCUGUUUCUGUGACCUUCAGGUGGAAGUCUUCUGGUUCAUUUAUUCAACUGUUUUCGUGAGAUUUAAUAUUUAGAUUAAAUAAAUGGUGAUUUUGUAUUAGAAUGGGCAUGUUUCAAAAAUUGUGUAAUAUCUGAAAUUAGUGGAUGUUUGUCACAUUACCUUCACAAAAAUGAUUCUUUUGAUUUAUCCUGGAUUGUGGUGUAAGGUUAAUUCUGUCAAUAUAACCAACUGUGUCUGUUCAAUAAAUCACUUUCAAAUGCAAACUCUUCUGUGUUUCCUCUGAAAUGUUGUAUACUGUAUAGAUCUAGUCCAAAAAAUCUUAAAUUAGCAGGAUACAUCACCCAUAAAGCUUAUCUGAUUUAGCCCCACUUGAUUUAAAUGAAGACAAUAUUAAUGUGUUGUAAAUUAGAUGGACACCAUCAGUUUAUUCAUCACAACAAAACCUCACCUUCAAGUACAGUAUGGUGAUGUGUUUUAAUAAAUGUAUUAACUUUAAAAUCUUGACAGGAUGAUCAAAAGUUGUUCCAGGACUAAAAAGAAAGUUUAUCCAGAAGAAUUUCUGGCAGUAGAUUAAAUUAAGCCGGAAACUAUAAAGUCGCACUCCAGACAUAAAGACACUUCUAUCCAAAGCAGCUCACAAUAGAUUCUUUAAGUUAAACAUUUUAUCAUCAUGUGUGUUCCCUGACCUUGAACUCACAACCAUUUGCACUUCUAAAAGGGACACUUCCAGACCUUUGAAGGAUCUAAAAAAACGCAUUGUCUACAUGAGUGUAAAAGUGUACAAAUGAAAUGAUAAAUUGGAUUAACGUUGCCAGUUGAACAAACAAUGCUGCUACAAAAACAAACUGAUGAACUUUUGCCUGGAGCAGGAGUUUGAUGUCCUCUACCGCAGGUGCUCCUGUAGCUCAUAGGUAAUGUGAUGCUUACAGUGCAAUUACAGAAAACAAACAGACUGAUAAAACGCAGUUUUUUUUACAGCACUUUGAUUUGAAGCCUCUAUAAAAGCAAAAAAAAAAAAAAUUAUGAUCUGUGGUGCAUUUGUAAAUGAGACCUGCUACAGAGACAUUAAAUCAGAAUUAAUUUUUAUUAGCUAA